UUUCAUUGCAAAGCCCAGGGAGAGAUAUCGAUAUCGAAUUUCCUGUCCCGUAUUUUGGCCCUUUUGCUUUCGCUUUCUGAUGCACGUGGUCACCGGUGUAGGCCAUCUGCUGCGGACAUCUGGAAUUAGUAGUAAUUUUUGGGGUCGGUGGUCGACGUCUUCUCUGAAGACGGAUAGACUAGUGUCUGGGAGUAUUAUUAGAAGUGGUUUUGUGCUGCAACGUGCUUCUUCUUCUUCUCCGUGUUUUAUACUAGGUAAACUGGGUUUUUCUACGCAUGCGCAGAGAUACUCGGGUUCAGGCACAAUGAGUGAUUCUAGUAAACCUAUCAGAUAUGUUGAUAUUGGAAUCAACCUGAGUGAUCCGGUUUUCUCAGGGAGUUAUCAUGGAAAACAGGUCCAUGAUAGUGACCUGGAUGACAUUGUACAGCGUGCAAAGGAUAUCGGGUGUCAGAAAUUUAUGGUGACCGGUUCUGAUUUGGAGGAGUCUCGGCGUGCGCUGCAACUUGCACAUGACUACCCGGGUUUCUGCUAUGCAACCGUUGGUGUUCACCCUUGUCAGGCAAAGCUAUUCGAUGAAUUCCCUGGUGGCCCUUCCAAGAUGCUGGACGAGCUUAGAACCCUCGCUUUGCAGUCCAAGGAAAAUGGGCAGGCGGUUGCGUUUGGUGAGAUCGGCCUGGAUUAUGAUCGAUUGUUCCUGAGCGCGAAAGAGCCUCAGCUGAAGUAUUUUGAGGCGCAGCUGGAUAUUGCGGUGGAGAUUCAACUCCCUCUUUUUCUUCAUUCUCGCGCUGCUAGCGAGGACUUUGAGAAGUUACUGGCGCCGCGACUGGCAAAGCUCCCUAAGAGAGGACUCGUGCACAGCUUUACGGGGACGCUGGAAGAGAUGAAUCGGAUGGUCGCGCUUGGCCUCGACAUCGGAGUCAAUGGCUGCAGUUUGAAGACCGAGGAGAACCUUGAAGUAGUAAAGGCGAUUCCGCUGGAUCGACUUCAGAUCGAGACCGAUGGUCCCUGGUGUGAGAUUCGUCCUUCCCACGCCUCGUCGAAAUACCUCAAGGGGGCACCAGAGCUUCCAAAGGCAGUCAAGAAGGAGAAGUGGCAGAAAGGAUUGAUGGUCAAAGGUCGCAAUGAGCCCGCUGCGAUAGCCCAUGUUGCCUACGUUAUUUCCCAAAUCAAGGGAAUCACGGUGGAAGAGGUCUGCGAAGCUGCGUGGAGUAAUUCGAUCAGAAUGUUUGGACUUGGGGAGGAUGCCGAAUGAGGCUGCUUCCGGAAAGUAUAGGUGCCGUUGCAAGGCUGACACUGACCGCUUUAUAGCCCUUCAAUGACGGCCUACCAUCUCGUCAAAUAAAAGGAUGCUAGAAAAAGAGAAAGAAAAAAAAAGAAUAUUCUGCUUUGUGAUUGUCAUGACUGCGAUAGAUAGAGAAUGAGGAGCCGAGUCGCUUUAUGUUGUUUUUGUGCAAGGCUGUUAUGUGAUCCUAAAAAGCUGAGUCAGGUCGGCCCCAACCAUGGUUCCUCACCACGGCUAGACUCCUCUUGCUGGAGCUGCUCAACGCAAACUCUAUACUGCGACAUCGCCCCUUCAGUGUUUAUUGAGGCAUGAAGAACGGCAAGUCAGGCCUCCGUCAGUCUGUGAUAC